CUCCCCCUUUCUCAUUCACACGCUCUCAACUUGCCUUCUUCUUCUUCUUCUCCUAUUUCCUCCACUUUCCAGUUUCCAAUCAAAUUAUUAGAACAAAAAUAAACAAAAAUUCAAAACCCCCCUUUCAAGUUUCAACUAUGCAAGGGCUUAGACGGUACUCAAAUGACGUCGUUGAACUCGACCUUGGAGGAACCACCACAAUCACAACCAACAACAACAACCUUAACAACAACAACUCUUCUUCUUCUUCAUCUUCAUCUCUAUCAAUCGAUGUUGAUGAAUCAACGGAAUCUCGAAUCCAACGGCUGAUAUCGGAGCAUCCUGUCAUCAUCUUCACCCGAUCCUCCUGCUGCAUGUGCCACGUCAUGAAGAAGCUUCUCGCCACCAUCGGCGUCAACCCCACCGUCAUCGAAUUCGACGACGCCGAGAUCGCCGCCUUACCACUCGACGUCGACGACGACCUCCGAUCUCCCACCUCCGCCGCCGCUGCUUUGCUCCGCAGCCGCUCCCCCGCCGUGUUCAUCGGCGGUGCCUGCGUCGGCGGGCUUGAGUCGCUUGUCGCGCUCCACGUCAGCGGCCACCUUGUCCCCAAACUCGUCCAAGUCGGCGCUCUCUGGGGGUAUGAAAAUUAAUUUCAUAUCACUCUAUUUAUAUCCAUAAUCCAUAAAUAUAAAUAUGUUAUUAUUAUUAUUAUUCAAAAAAAAAGAAAAAAAAUUAUAUUAUGCAACUAAUUGUACUAUAAUUUUAGUUCUUCUUUAUUCUGUGAAAUGAAAUUUCAUUAUCUCAA